CACGCGUAUACGUGUCCUCUUUUUGGGAUUUCAGAAUAUGGUCAGCCUAGAUGACCUUUAAAGCAGCAUUAAAAGGACCUCUCAACCCCUCCGCCCAACAGCAGUGAAUACAACUGGAGUGCAGGUUCAAAACAGAAGCUUUUUCGACCUGAACCUGUUCAAAAAUCAGAUUUUUUUUCCCCCCUUUUCCCUUGAAAAACCUUUUGGGUUAUUGAAAGAAAUGAGUUGCAGUAAUAGUCUCGCUCACGUGCAAAAAGUGGUGGAGCAGCUUCGGGUGGAGGCCAGCAUGGAGAGAAUUAAGAUCUCGCUGACGGCUGUAGAUUUGGUGCAUUACUGCCAGGACCACAGACGCACUGACCCUCUGCUCACUGGAAUUGCAGCCUCCUCCAACCCAUUCAAAGAUAAGAAGUCCUGUGUGCUGCUUUAAGACACCAAGUAACUACUUUAUUCUUCUGCUUUGUUGAUGUCAGAAGUGUGUCUUAAAUGAAAAGAUAAGGUGCUUGUGCUGCAUGCUCAAUUUGUCAUUUGAGUGCACUGAAAAACAGUAAGAACUAGAUAUUCCGAUAUUGCCCAACUCUUAAUUAUAGAUACCGAUAUCA